UCUGAUCCGUAAAGUAGCGACAUAGGAGAUGUAGGAAAAAGAGUGGCUGGUGACACCCAAUUAAGAAUAUUUUUUUCAGUUUCUUUUCAUGGUUGUCGGUAGAUAAGGCCCGUGUCAGCGAAUAAUUCAAUACUGUUCAUCAUUGAUAGAUCCCAGACUUCAUGAAGUAGAUAAACACGCUUGCUUACCACGAUGUUCCUGCACGUUUCUCCUGUUCCCAAGCGCUUUGGAUCGUAGAUGGGGGUGCUAGUCUUAGUGAAGAAAACAGAGGAUCUGAAAACUCAAUUACUAAUAAGCCAGGCCGCUCAGGAGGUUGUAGUUAGACCGUCGCCGUCCGACACGAAGUGAAGGAAGUUCAUAUUGUUCUAUGAAAAUGAGUGAGUGUGGGGGUAGUCGAAAGUAUGGAGAGUAGUAUGCAAAGUCAAAGAGAAACCAGAUCAAGACAGAACCAAAUUGGAUUAUAUAAAUAUCAUACUGGUGUAGAACUAGGAAAAAAUGUCAGAACCAGAUUACUAAGCAAAGAAGGUUUUGGCUCGAGAGAUCCAAAGUGUAAGCUGAGCUGAUUAUGUAGUUCUUCUAGUACUAGUAUUAUAAGGUUGCAUAAUAAAGUUUGGCUUCAUUUCUCUUUGGACGCCUAUUCAUUAUCGUUGUCUAUGAUGUUUAUACGGCAUUUAGAUAGCAGAAGAAAGGAGUGCAUGGCAUAACCGAUAUUUCAUGUUGGCCACUCGCCGUUUCUUGAUCGUCACACUGCAGCUCUUAUUGAGUCUGCUUUCUUCCGCUGUAACAAAAGCGCAAAUCGCGCGCGUCGGGCAUGGUGAGACGAAAACCUGCGCCGAAGUCGGGCAACCGCAGCACGCCACUGGCGAAGCAUGCGACUACCUUACUCGAAUGUUGUACGACUGCACACAAUGCCACUCCUGCCCCGGAGGCUACUUGAUGGAUAUGCAGGUCGUCCAACCAGCCGCCGCUCCUACGCCACAGGCUUCUUCAGCGCCAUCGGAAGACAUCACCCGGAGCAGUGCCGAGAGUCUGACGGCACGAGCGACUGCUGUCCUGGCGUACAGGAUGGCCACUGCGCAGAGGGCUACGAAAAAGUGAAUCAGGGAUUGUGCGGCCACGGUCAUGCAUGGUGCGACGCGCAUGCAUGCCUGGCGUACGAAUGCCACGAAGCGGCCACGAUUUCGACCCUUGUUAUCGUCCUCAUCGUUCUGGCCCUUCUUACGCUCUACAUCGGACCAAUGGGCGGCAUGUUGUACUGCAUCUUGCAGCAGAGCCGCCUUGCCGCAAGCGGUAUCCUACAGUGCGGUCACGUCCAGGCACCCGCUGGCACAGCCGUUGACAUCCCCUCCGACAGCUGUGCUCCAGACUCGCUUUUCACCGCGUAUGAGCGACGCGAGAUGCUGCCAGCGGAUAUACGGCGCUUGAUGGCACCUGUUGAGUCUGUCAAAAUGUUUGAGCGAAUCAACGCGUCUCUGCGGGAUGCGACGGGUUUCAGGCCGUGGCACAUCGUCCUGUGGAUACCCAUGUUUGUUUUUUGGCCGAUUGGAUGCUUCAUGUUACUGAUCUGGGGCAUCGAGCUAGCGCGCAAUUUGACGGUGGCAGCGGUUGGGAAGCACAUUGAUCCACUUUGUAAGGCGAGAAACAUAAGCUACGUGCUCAUGCUGGCUACGCAGCCGGGGAAGCACGGAGGGCAGGCGCGUCCAACCCUCAUGCGUUUCGUCCUGCCUGUAGUUGAUGUCGCGUCAACGACAUAUCUUCAAAGAGAUCCCGCGGCACAGGUGCACACACAGGAGGUUUACCCAGUGUGUGGUGUAGUAGGGGAAUCUGAUGUCUUGGACACCGACACAGGGCAGCAAGGCAUAAUGUUCUAUGACCCGCGAUUUUCGUCGGUGGACUGA